GGCGCUCACGAGUCAGUUACGCGAACCACAGGGAAAGUUCAACCGUGAAGGCGGAGGCGGAAUUUGCCGAGGAAAUUUCUUAGCCCACCUCUACCCUGCCUGAAUUAGUCUCUAGGAUUUUGCGAAAAUUCAAGAACCACAACAAUUAUUGGACUGACAGUGACAUCGCAGUAAUAUUUCUGCGUUAGCCCCUGUCAUCAAACAAAAUGGCGAAAAGUUCUAAAAAGUCCCAGAGAAAGUUCGAAAAGAACCAUCUCAAGGACACAAUAGAACGCCGAAAGGAAUUUGCCAAGAUAAAGCAGCGCAAUCAACAAAAGGAUAAAAAGAAGGCAAGGAACGAGAAAGAAAGAUCUGCCAAUGCAACCGAAGAGACCUCUGUUGCGCCGACCGCCGCCAAUGACAAGGGAAAGGAAAAUCCUUUUGGGGAGAUGAGCGUGGACGACUUCUUCCAGGGCGGAUUCGACAUUCCCGAAGCACCUAAGAAGAACGGAGCAAAAUCCAAACUGCCUUCAAAGUCUACUGGCAAAAGGAAGAGAUCGUCACCUGCAGACUCUGAUGAUGAAUCUGCCGCAGAUUCGGUCGAAGAGAAUCCUGUUGCCGAUGACAGCGAUAACUCCGCAGAGGAAGACAACGUUUUCAGCAUGCAUAAGCAAGAACUUGAAGCCUUGGCGGAGAAGGAUCCUGAGUUCUACAAGUAUCUCAAGGAGAAUGAUGCUGAACUCCUUGACUUCGGUGAAAAUGGGGAUUUGGCUGAGGUUGACCAACUGAGUGGAAGUGAAGACGACGAGGGACCAAAAAAGAAGCGGAAGAAGGCUGAAGCUGAGGAUGCCGAGGAUGCACAGGAUGCGUCGGAAGUCACAAUGGCUAUGGUGAAAAAAUGGACCGCCGCUCUUACCACUCAGCGUUCUUUGAGGGCAAUGCGUCAAGUUGUUUUGGCUUUCAGAGCAGCAGCUCAUUCGGACGAGGAGGACGGGAAGCAAUACAAGUACUCGAUAUCAAAUCCAGACGUCUACCAUGAAUUGCUUGUGCUCACCUUAAAGCACGUUCCCGAAGUUCUAAACCACCACUUACCAGCUAAGGAGAGUAGUUCGGGAAAGAUCCGUGUCUCCACCGAUUCCAAGAAGUUCCGCACACUUACGCCUCUCUUGAAAUCCCACACGACCUCCCUUCUCCACCUUUUGAGCCAUCUCUCCGAUGCUGCAACGAUCAAACUGACUCUUUCCUCAUUGAUGCCACUGCUUCCGUACAUUUUGUCAUUCAGGAAGCUGCUCCGGGAAAUCAUCAAGUCCGUUGUAGAGAUCUGGUCGGAUUCAUCGAGCACUGAAGCCACUAGAAUUUCAGCCUUUUUGAUUGUCCGCCGACUUACGGUUAUUGGCGAUGCAGGAUUACGAGAGGCCGUUUUAAAGACUGUCUACCGCGGACUUGUACAGGGCUGCCGCAACACUACCAUUCAUAGCAUGCCGGGCAUCAACUUGAUGAAAAAUUCAGCCGCUGAAUUAUGGGGAAUUGACGAGCAGGUUGGAUAUACAACCGGGUUCACUUUCAUUAGACAAUUGGCAAUCCACCUUCGUGGAAGUAUCACCCAUACUACGAAGGAAUCUUACAAAGCCAUUUACAAUUGGCAAUACGUCCACUCUCUAGAUUUCUGGUCCCGAGUCCUCUCAUCGCAUUGCGAAUCGUUGCACGAAGCCCAAACUGGCAAAGAAUCUCUCCUCCGACCUCUCAUUUAUCCGACAGUCCAGAUCACUCUCGGUGCCAUGCGCCUGAUUCCUACUGCGCAGUAUUUCCCCUUGAGAUUCCAACUCACCCGGUCACUUCUCCGGGUGUCUCGUGCUACCGGGACGUAUAUUCCGCUUUCAGCUUCACUUCUCGAGGUGCUCAAUUCGAGUGAGAUGAACAAGCCCCCUAAGGCUAGCACGACAAAGGCUUUGGACUUCUCCAUGAACAUCCGUGCGCCGAAAUCUUACCUUCGUACGCGCGUUUACCAAGAUGGCAUCGGCGAGCAACUUGCUGAGUUGCUGUCCGAGUUUUUUGUCUUGUGGUGCAAGAAUAUUGCUUUCCCUGAACUUUCUUUGCCGGCAACCGUUCUUCUCAGACGCUGGCUUAAGACUGCGUCGUCAAAAGCGGGCAAAGGUCCAGGCAAACGGGGUCGCCCUUCUGGCAAAGGUGGAGCAGGCAUCAAAAAUUCCAAAGUAACAUCUGCUAUAGUCUUAGUCCUUCACAAGAUCGAGGAUAAUGCACGAUGGGUUGAAGAGCGCCGGGCUAGAGUGGAUUUCGCGCCUAGCGACCGCGCAGCCGUUGACGCAUUUUUGAAGGAUGUAGAGUGGGAAAAGACACCCCUCGGCGCCUUUGUGGUUGGGCAAAGAAAAGCUAGGGAGAAACGCGAUCGACUGCUGGAGGAAGGCAGGCGCGAGGAUGAGCGCAAGAAAAAUGAUGAGCGUGAGGAGAGAAAACGGGAAAUGGCCGUUGAAGAUGAACAAGACGGUUUUAGCGGAAGCGAUGAUGAUGCAUCGAGCGACGAAGAGGAAGGAGAGCACGAAAUGGAGGAGGAAGACGAAGACGAGAUUGAGGAUGAAGACGAGGAUGAGAUUGAAAUGGAAGACGAGUAGAAUAGGCCCACCAAGGGUAAAAAAUUGUGUCCGCUUUGUUCAAAUAAAAUAGCAUCCUAGUCGCAACAAUUACAGUCAUUUGACCUUGGAC